AUGCCAGAUGCGUAUGAUGAGGAGGGUGGUGUUAAUCAGGAAAAGAGAUUUUCUGUGGCUGUGCAACGGUACAGGGACCUCAGUGCUGGGGAUAAAAUGAACCCAUUUGCAGAACAGGAAGCUUGGGAGGAUCACCAAAUUGGAAAAGCAACGCUGAAAUUGGCAUCAGUGAUGGAUGGUGAUGAGUUUGAUGAUGAUGGGCAACCCUCUGAGUUACUUGGGUCGAAGGCGAAAUUGGGCUUAGAGAAGCUCCAGGAUGACAGAAAAACACUACCCAUCUACACCUACCGUGAUAAAUUGCUUGAAGCUGUUGAAAAUCAUCAGGUUCUGGUUAUUGUUGGUGAAACUGGUUCUGGAAAAACUACACAGAUACCCCAAUAUCUUCACGAGGCUGGAUACACAAAGCGUGGAAAGAUUGGGUGCACACAGCCACGGCGAGUUGCUGCUAUGAGUGUUGCUGCAAGGGUUUCUCAAGAAAUGGGGGUCAAACUUGGGCACGAGGUUGGUUAUUCUAUUCGUUUUGAGGAUUGCACAUCCGAAAAGACUGUUUUGAAAUAUAUGACAGAUGGAAUGUUGUUGCGAGAAUUCCUUGGUGAACCAGAUCUGGCGAGUUACAGUGUGGUGAUGGUGGACGAGGCCCAUGAACGAACACUCUCAACUGAUAUUCUAUUUGGACUAGUGAAGGAUAUUGCUCGAUUUAGACCGGAUCUCAAACUGCUUAUCUCAAGUGCAACGCUUGAUGCUGAGAAGUUCAGUGAUUAUUUUGAUUCUGCUCCAAUUUUCAAAAUUCCAGGGAGGCGGUAUCCUGUUGAUAUCCAUUACACAAAAGCACCAGAAGCCGAUUACUUAGAUGCAGCAAUUGUCACUGCACUUCAAAUCCAUGUGACGCAACCACCUGGAGAUAUAUUGGUAUUCCUCACUGGUCAGGAAGAGAUUGAAACAGCAGAAGAAAUAUUGAAGCACAGAACAAGGGGCCUAGGGACAAAAAUUGCUGAGCUGAUUAUUUGCCCCAUAUAUGCAAACCUACCUACUGAGCUGCAAGCAAAAAUUUUUGAAGCCACACCUGAUGGGGCAAGGAAGGUUGUCCUUGCCACAAAUAUAGCUGAAACUUCGUUGACCAUUGAUGGGAUCAAAUAUGUUAUUGACCCAGGGUUUUGCAAGAUGAAGUCGUAUAACCCAAGGACUGGAAUGGAGUCAUUGCUAGUUACUCCCAUCUCAAGGGCAUCAGCAAUGCAGAGGGCAGGUCGAUCUGGUCGAACAGGUCCUGGAAAGUGCUUCCGGUUAUAUACUGCCUACAAUUAUUACAAUGAUUUAGAUGAUAACACAGUACCAGAAGUACAAAGAACUAAUCUUGCAAAUGUUGUGCUUACGCUGAAGAGCCUUGGUAUUCAUGACUUAUUGCAUUUUGAUUUUAUGGACCCUCCGCCAUCUGAAGCAUUACUGAAAGCCCUGGAACUGUUAUUUGCACUAAGUGCAUUAAAUAAAGUGGGUGAGUUGACUAAAGUCGGUAGAAGGAUGGCGGAGUUUCCUCUUGAUCCCAUGCUAUCUAAGAUGAUAGUUGCUUCUGAUAAGUACAAGUGUUCAGAUGAAGUCAUUUCCGUUGCCGCCAUGCUUUCCAUUGGUAAUUCCAUCUUUUACCGUCCCAAGGACAAACAAGUCCAUGCUGACAAUGCACGUUUGAAUUUUCACACCGGGAAUGUGGGAGAUCACAUUGCAUUGCUCAAGGUCUAUAACUCAUGGAAAGAGACCAACUUCUCAACCCAGUGGUGUUAUGAAAACUAUAUACAGGUGAGGAGCAUGAAGCGUGCUAGAGAUAUUAGAGACCAGCUUGAGGGACUCUUGGAGAGGGUUGAGAUUGAGCUGGUCUCAAAUCUCAGUGAUUACGAGACCAUAAAGAAGGCCAUUACAUCUGGCUUCUUCCCUCAUUCCGCAAAGCUUCAAAAGAAUGGAUCUUAUAGAACAGUCAAACAUCCACAGACUGUUCAUAUACAUCCCAGCUCAGGGCUGUCACAGGUGCUUCCGAGAUGGGUUAUAUACCAUGAAUUGGUACUUACAACCAAGGAAUAUAUGAGACAGGUAACAGAAUUAAAGCCAGAGUGGUUAGUGGAAAUAGCUCCUCAUUAUUACCAGCUGAAGGAUGUUGAAGAUUCGAUGUCAAAGAAAAUGCCCCGGGGAGAAGGGCGCCCACAGCAGGAUUGA